GGAUAUAAAAGGUUCCCUUCAUUUUUGAUACUUUGGGAAUCACACAAAUGGCUCAAGGCAGUUACAUUUGGAGAAAUGUGUCAGGUCAAAGCACUAAAGAGUGUGCUCCUAACUGCCUGGGCAUUGACUACAGUUAUCAUCCGGACUUGGACUACAUCAAGUGUGUGGACCAUUUCCAAAACAACGCCAACAUUAAGCGGCUAAGCCUUAAAAGGAGGCCAAAAGUGGCCAUCAACAAUGCAGAAAAAUCAUCCAGCGCUUCCUCCAGCCAGUGGUAUUCUGCAGAAUCAUUGUCAUCAUCUUGCAGUGAUGAUACAAGACUACUGGGCAUGUCAUCUACAACCAGCCGUCGACCUCCUCUUCCUCCACCACAUGGUUCCUCAUUGGAUAACAAACCCUCACGGGGUGAAGGACCCACUACCUCUCAGGUAGAGUCAAAGCCUCAGCCAGCUGCAAGAUCUUUUCCUUCACAAAAACAAAGCCAUGUGGUGGGAGAUACCAUUAUGGAGACCUUAAAACACUUGGAACAGGAGGUUAAGACACAGCUUCCACCUCAGCCCCAACCCCGUCAACGACUGGCCAGCUUUGGAGGGGUAAGCUCCCAUGGGUCUCUCUCCCCCUUCACUGGCCUGGGUGCAUAUAACCUGAACAUCAAUGGGAACAAGCCCACUAGCACUGGAGAUGAUAUGCAUGUCCACCUUAGCUCGUCCUUAGGCACUAGAGGCAGCACAGGAUGCCUAAGACAGAGUCCACAGAGCUCUGGCAGAACCACACCAGCGACAGGUCUCGGCCCCAUGCACCUGCAGCAUGUUCGUGACCAGAUGGUGGUAGCUCUGCAGAGGCUGAAGGAGCUGGAGGAGCAGGUGACAAUCAUCCCUAUCCUCCAGGUAAACAUCUCAGUCCUCCAGGAGGAGAAGAGGCAACUGGUCUCUCAGCUCAAGAACCAAGGUGACAACGAGGGCAUCAAUUGUGUGAUCUGGAAGAGAGCCGAUAGCAUGGAAAAGUCUGACAUUGAGACCACGAUUAAUACAGAGGAAGAACUUGAGGAAUUAUUGAGAAAUGACCACACCAAUUUUAAGGAGUUCAGGCAAUUGACUGAAGAGAUGCAGGCAUUGGAAAGAACCAUCAAGGACAAACAUUUGCAAGCAAUGCAUGGAAAAGGCCAAAGCUCUCUACAUGACAAUGCUAUCAAGUCAGUCGCAGCUGUAACUGAUAAAGAUAUAGAUAUCACCCUGUCCAAACCAACUAAAGAAAACAAAUAUGUGAACACUGAUCAGGUACAGACGAGGUCAAUUGCAACAGAAGUGACGGAAGAGAAUCUUGGACUAUACCCAGAACGGGAAGCAGAGAUUGAUGCUCAACAUUUUUUAAUUGGUGCCUUGAAGGAGAGAAUGUGUUACUUGGAAGCAGAGUUGAAGGAAUCAGCUCUCGAGACAGAGAUGAGUCGUCUGAAACUGGAGCUUCAUGUUGCAGGAGCAAGGAACCGAGCUGAUAAAGCCUGCUCUGCAAGACCAUGCACUGAGAGCAAAAGCAUUGAGGCAAAGCCCCACACCACAAGCCAGGGUGUGGGAAAUCACACAGAGCUCCAAGAUGCCAGCACAGGGAAGGAAACAGAGGUGAAGACUGUGGGAGUAUCUUGUUACGGGCCUGAGCUUAAGAGUGUUUGUACAGGACCAGAAGAACCCAUGAGCCACUGGGAGGUCAGGGAGCGGGUGGAGACCAUGGAAAAGGGUGUGGGGAUCCACAUUUCUACCAACACACAGGGAGUUGGAAAUGCGAUAAAGUUAUGUGAUGCAGAAACCAACACUGAGAUACCAGUGGAGAAUCUGGGUUCUAAGAAAAAUCAGAUUAAGUAUCGCUCAGUGGGUUGUGGGGACUGUUCUGUUGAUGUGAUAGUCAGCGAGGCAAAGGAAGUUGUGUCUCAAGGUAUUUCCACAGAUCAAGUCAGAGGAGUAGAUCUGGGAGUCAUGGCAUCACCUCAGACAGCUUGUCAGCGUACCAACACAGAAUCCAGUUCAGUGUCUCGCUUUACCAACACCAGCCAUGCCUUUAACACGGACUCCAGCACUAAUACUGUCUUAAGUACCCAAGAUAAGCACACCAACACCACUCAGACUUUUACUAGGACAGUGUCAGUAGGCAACAGGGUCAAAGACAUCAAAUGUACCCCAGAGACUCGCACUAUUGGUGUAGGAACUGAAAAUAUACAAGGAAGUGCCUUAAACCAAAAAACAGGGACUGCCGCCAAGUUAACCCGAGACGCUGGUGUUGGAUUUACAAACAUUAAUGAUCAUUUCCUGAUUGGGCUGAAAACACGGAAUAUGGCCUCUGGACCCUCUCAUCUACCUGACCCCAUUAAGACAAGGAACAUUGGUGUAGGGGAGGGGAGGAUACAGGAUCUGUCCGUCUCAUGCAGAGCAUCUGGCCAGAUGAUCCAGAGAUCUUCACAGUCUCAGUGGGGCCCCGAGCUGAACCAUUACAUAGAGAAGAUGCAAUGGCUUCUCAGGGAGCAUGGGGACCUGCUGACUGAUGGCCAACCUCAGAGGAGAGAAGGAUUUGUCCCACAACCCAGUAGCCAAGGAAGUGCCAACUUCAAGCUGUCCUGCAAUAACGAAACUGCAGCACAAGGAGAAACAGAAGUCCAUCCUUUAGGUCCUCAGCCAUCAGUCAGCGGAGAGUUUCUAUGUCCAUCUCCACUCUUAGAUGACUCUUCCAAGUGGGACCAAGCAAACCCAGGAUUCUUCCAGCAGAGUGGCACUAAUUCAGAGGUGAAAAGAAUGAUACAGAUGUUGGAACAACAGGCAUCCUCUAAUCUGCAAGACAGGUCAUCUUAUUCCGGUGUGCAGUCUGUAAUGAAGAAACAAAAUGGCGACCAGGGUUGUAGCAGCACCAGGAAGAGCAUGAAAUUCAUGAGGGUGACCACAGGAUUGGAUCCCAUGUCUUCUUACGAAUGUUGUCCCAGUGAGCAUGCGAACUCUGAGGAAGUGGAAAAGAGGGGAAACAAAAAUUCAAGGGAAACUUCUGAAGAUGGAACGCAAGGAAGGAAGGGCAAAGGUGGUUCCAACAAGGGGUCAAAAGGGACUGCAACACCACAUUCACAGAG